AGAGCCGACUUCGCCUGCUUACUUGAUCUUAUUGAUUCGUUUCAUCAUCCCUGCGAUUGUGAUUUCACUGGGGUGCUGAGAGGAUGUUGUGGAGAGACUGCCCUGGUAAGAAAUCCAACGAGGCGCUCGGUGCGGAGUAUUUUGUCUCCACUUCCCCCACUUGUUUCGUCGUGGUGAUCUUGGUCACAACUAUACAGCACUCGCCUGAUCCCGGGUCUAUGGCACGUUCCUCGAGGUCUCCCGUGGCCGUACCGGUGCAUCACUCACUCCUGAAGAUCUUUUAUGAGCACAAUUCUGCUCCUCGUCUGCAAUUCCUGGAUAAAUCUCGCUUCGAGCUCUCGGCCCCCAGUCUCAGCCGUACCGUUCUGACACGCGGUCGGGCCAGCACCGCAUUCGUCGAGCGAAUCGACCUCCAGCCGAGUUCCGAGCUACGCAAAAAAGGAGGGGCUGUGGCUGCCGCGGAGCUGUUCUGGCGCCUUGAACCCUUCGGGAGGGAAAAAAAAAAGCUCAUCUUGGAGUUUCAUCGGAUGAUACUUGCUUUCCCAUUACCCUUGCGACCAUGAUUUUCGAACCUGCAGAGCGGACUCUGCUCCCCACAAAGGAUCUGUUGUCUUACAUUUUUGAUGAUCCUCUCUACGACCAGGACAAGCCGAUCUAUAUCGAUGUUCGAGAUCCAACGCGCUCGAUUUCGUGCAACCAAGCCCGCAAAUUAAUUCGGCAACUCAUUGCGGGCCUGCGUGCGUCCGGCGUUCGCCCUGGGGAUUGCGUGCUCAUUCACUCUUUCAACGAUAUAAACUAUAGUAUCCUUGUACUCGCCAUCAUCGGCGCUGGUGGAGUCUUCACGGGUUCCAAUCCUGCAUACACCCCCACAGAGCUUGCCCACCAUAUCAGAGCCUCCGAAGCCAAAUUUUUGAUUUCCGAGCCCGAGAUUCUAAAGUCUCUUCUGGGCGCAGCUCAACAAACUGGUGUGUCGCAACGGAAUGUCUGGAUCUUCAACAAUUUGGGCCAGUCGGUUCCGGCCGGGCAAAAAUCAUGGACGGAACUGCUCAAGUUUGGCGAGGCUGAUUGGGUGAGGUUCAACGAUCUGGAGACUGCUCGAACAACGACCGCCGCGAGACUGUUCAGCAGCGGAACUACCGGUCUGCCCAAGGCAGUCAUGAUCACCCACUACAACCUGAUCGCGCAGCAUGAACUGGUCCUGGGAGCGGACCCACGGCCUUACCCGAUAUCUCGCAUUAUCGCAGUUCCCGUUUUCCAUGCAUCUGCUGCCCCCGUGACGCACAUAUCGACACUGAAAGCAGGGACCGCUGCCUAUGUGAUGCGACGAUUUGAUCUGGAGGAGUAUCUCAAUACUGUCGAGAAAUACGACAUUACUGAUCUGGCCAUGGUCCCGCCCAUCGUGAUUGCAAUUUUGAUGUCACCCGUAUCUCAGAAAAGGCCUUUCCUUCGCAAAGUCCGCCUCGCAGCAUGUGGUGCAGCUCCUUUGGAUAAGGACGUUCAGGCUCGUUUCCGCUCACUCAUGGGAGAUGACGGGCCCUUCAACCAAGUAUGGGGAAUGACGGAGACCUCGUGCGUGGCGACCAUGUUCCGGUAUCCGGAACAUGACGACACGGGCUCGGUAGGACGGCUGAUCCCGAAUCUGGAAGCAAAACUGAUCGAUGACGAUGGAAACAAUAUCUCGGCCUUCGGGGUGCGUGGCGAGCUCUGCGUGCGCGGGCCUACUGUAACACCGGGAUACUUCAAGAAUCCCGAGGCCAAUGCGCAAUCGUUCGACUCGGAUGGCUGGUUCAAGACCGGUGAUAUCGCCUAUUGUGAUCAAUCUACCCGAAAAUGGUAUAUUGUGGACAGGAAGAAGGAGUUGAUCAAAGUCCGCGGCUUCCAAGUUGCACCGCCCGAACUAGAGGCGGUACUCCUCUCACACCCGCAGAUCAUCGACGCUGCCGUGAUCGGUAUUACAUUCCCAGGAGCCGAUACAGAGUACCCUCGAGCAUACGUGGUCCGACGCCCCGGCAGCCAAGGUCAAAAGCUCACGGAGGAAGAGGUGCAGAAAUAUGUCCUGACCCGACUUGCGCGGUUCAAGGCGCUGACGGGUGGGGUCAAAUUUGUUGGAUCAAUUGCUAGAAACCCUAGCGGAAAGAUUUUGAAGCGUGUGAUUAGAGAAGAAGCAAAACGCGAGAUUGAGGCUGGCCAGAUCAAGCCGCGCCUGUGAAUGCCCAGGGACCUUGCCGUUGUCUGUUAAGAUGGAGAUACAUUUAUGCCGAGAGGAUCUUUCUUACGUAUCGAGUGCCUUUGUUUGUCUGAAGUCGAUAUACUUUCCUACCCCCCCCCCAAAAAAAAAACAUGAAAUAUUUUGUAUUCUGUUGCAAAGGGGAAAUACAGUCCAUUCCGAAG